GCGGUGCGGCGGCGCACGCGUUCGAGCCGGAAGCACAUGUCGGAGCUGGAGAUAACCGGGCAUGGAAACGGAGAUGGAGGCGCAGAGCGCCGGGGCCGAGGACGGGUUCACCCAAGUUACCCGCAAGGGUGGCCGGCGGGCGAAGAAACGGCAGGCUGAGCAGCUGUCCGCCGCGGGGGACGGCGGGGACGCGGGCCGCAUGGACACGGAGGAGGCCCGGCCCGCGAAGAGGCCCGUUUUCCCUCCCCUCGCCGGGGAUGGAUUCCUGAGUGGGAAAGAAGAAACAAGGAAAAUUCCAGUCCCAGCUAACAGAUACACGCCAUUAAAAGAGAACUGGAUGAAGAUAUUUACUCCUAUUGUAGAGCAUUUGGGACUUCAGAUACGGUUUAACUUGAAGUCGAGGAAUGUGGAAAUUAGGACUUGUAAAGAAACCAAGGAUGUUAGUGCGCUGACAAAAGCAGCUGAUUUUGUGAAAGCCUUUAUUCUUGGGUUUCAGGUGGAGGACGCACUUGCCCUCAUUAGGUUGGAUGAUCUCUUCCUAGAGUCUUUUGAAAUUACAGAUGUGAAACCCCUAAAGGGAGACCACCUGUCAAGGGCAAUAGGAAGAAUCGCUGGCAAAGGAGGAAAAACCAAAUUCACCAUAGAGAACGUGACACGGACACGGAUAGUUUUGGCUGAUGUGAAAGUUCACAUCCUUGGCUCUUUCCAAAACAUCAAGAUGGCAAGAACUGCCAUUUGCAACCUCAUCCUGGGAAAUCCUCCAUCAAAGGUUUAUGGCAAUAUCCGAGCUGUGGCUAGCAGAGCAGCAGAUCGAUUCUGAUUUCAAAUCAGAGACCUUUUGUCUUUGGACUCUAGAGAAAAAACCCUUGCUCUCUGCACAUGCUUAUAAGAAACCACACAAAGAAUUUUUCAGUCACGUUAAGCCUCCGUCGCUUCUUCUGUUCUCGGCCAGAAGCAUCAACAGAAAGGUUUGAUAAUAUUCACAUGCAGCAACUUGAGGAUAAUUCCCCUAUAUGAAUUUAUUAUCAUUAUUGUACUUAUACAUUAAUUAUAAUUUGUCACUUCAUUUUAUGAUGAGAUCGGGCGCGUUCAGGGUGGUAUGGCCAUAGACUGUCACUUCAUUUUAAAUAAAAGAUUUACAGUUUAUAAUUCUACUGAGAAACUUGUUUAAACAGUCCUAUAUGAAUUUAUUUAUAAAUUUAUAACUUUUUAUAAAUUUAUAAACAUUUCUUGUCUAUGGAGUAUAAUUAAAAC